AUGGUAAAACUUAACAAAAAGGAAUUGACACUUACUCAAACACCCGCAGUAUCAAUAUCAUCAUCAAUGAAUCGAAUCAAAACUGUUACUGAUCAUGAAUAUUAUGAACCGUAUCCGACACUCAAAGAUUGGUUUAAGAAAAAAAUCAAUAAUCUCAAUCAAACAAUUAAGAAUUAUUUUCUAUCCUAUCUGCCAUUUCUUAAUUGGAUCUAUCGAUACAAUUUAGUGUGGUUUUGGAGUGAUCUUAUAGCUGGUUUAACAGUCGGUGCUAUUGUUAUUCCACAAGGUAUGGCCUAUGCUGGAUUAGCUAAACUGGCACCACAAUUCGGCUUGUAUAGUUCAUUUGUUGGCGUAAUGAUUUAUUGGUUUUUUGCCACUAGCAAGGAUGUUAGUAUUGGACCUGUGGCAGUCGUAUCAGCAUUGACGGGUAACGUAGUCGACGCUGUACGUAGAGGUUAUCCAACAUAUGAAUCACAUACAAUUGCCUCAGCUUUAUCUCUUAUUUCUGGCUGUAUUAUUUUUUCUCUCGGAAUGUUUCGUCUUGGUUUUAUAGUCGAUUUCAUUCCUCUACCAGCCUUAGCAGCAUUUAUGACUGGAUCCGCAUUGAAAAUUGCCAUGGGACAAAUACCAGUAAUGAUGGGUAACAAUAAAUAUUUGAAUACACGUGAAUCGAUCUAUUUAGUUUUUGGUCAAUUUUGGAAACAAAUUAAACAUUGUGAUUUAAAUGCUGUACUCGGUUUAACAUCACUCGUUAUGCUUUAUUCAAUUCGUUUUAUUUGCGCCCACGCUAGUAGACGUUUUCCGACGCGAGAAAAAGUCUUCUUCUUUAUCAGUACACUUCGUGUUGUAUUUGUAAUUAUUCUCUUUCUUUUCAUUUCGUGGUUGAUCAAUCGUCAUCAUCCUGAUCAUCCGCGUACGUCUAUACUCGGUAAAGUUCCACGUGGCUUUCAAAAUUUGGGUGUACCAUAUAUCGAUGGAACAUUAUUGGGUGCUCUUGCAUCCUAUCUACCUUCAACAGUUAUUGUUCUUCUCAUUGAACACAUUGCUAUAGCUAAAUCAUUCGGUCGAAUUAAUAAUUAUAAUAUUGAUUCCAAUCAAGAAUUGAUUGCUAUUGGUGUAACAAAUAUUUUCGGACCUUUUUUUGGUGCUUAUCCUGCAACAGGUGCGUUUUCGCGUACAGCCAUUAAGUCCAAAGCAGGUGUACGAACACCUUUGGCUGGCUUGUUUAGUGGCUUGCUGAUUAUUCUGGGUAUUUAUACUUUAACAUCAAUUUUCUAUUGGAUUUCACAAGCUUGUCUAGCUGCUGUCAUCAUUCAUGGUGUUGGUGAUCUGAUUGUUGGACCGCAGACUUUGAAACGUUUUUGGCGAGCUAAUCCAGUUGAAUUUUUUAUUUUUUGGAUCGGAGUUAUUGUUACAAUAUUUUCUAACAUUGAAACUGGUCUCUAUAUUACGACUAUUUCUUCAGGUUGUCUACUACUGUUUCGUAUUGCAAAGGCUCGUGGUGAAUUUGUUGGUCGAGUUCCAGUUCAACAAGUCAAAUUAACAUCUGAUGGUUAUACUCAUGUAACAACUCGAAAUAUUUAUGUGCCACUCAAUCAUUCGGAUGGUUCGAAUCCAACCAUUAUUCCAAUAUUACCCGGUAAUGGCAUAUUUAUCUAUCGAGUAAAUGAAAGUUUUCUAUAUCCAAAUGCUAAUAAUUAUAUGGAACAGUUGGUUGAAAAAAUUUUUCGGGAAACAAAACCAGGCAAAGUCAAACCUUAUGGUUCACUGGGUGAACAACCAUGGAAUUUAAAGACCAGUCGUCAUCCAGAAAAAGAUCUACAAAAAGAUGAUCAACGUCCACAUUUACAUGCCUUAAUUUUAGAUUUUACUGGUGUUGCUCAUUUGGAUAUAACUGGUCUGGAAAGUCUUGUUGAUGUUCGUCGACAAUUAGAUCGUUACGCGGAUAAAACCAUUAAUUGGCAUUUCGUUGGCUUAUCGAAUCCUUGGAUGAAACGUGCCCUCAUUUCGGCUGGAUUCGGAUCAUCUGAUCAUGGUCAUACAGUUUUUUCUGUAGCAAACGUAUAUAUCAAUCUCGAUCAUGGUGAAAACGAUGCAGAUAUUAUUCUUGUUCCUAUUCUUGAUAUCAAUCGACCUCUCUUUCAUGCUGAUCUCGAUGAAGCAUAUGAAGCAGCUAUGGCCACUGUAGCUCAACAAGAAACAUUUUUCGUUUCUCGUGAUGAUACGGCUAGAGGAUUGCAGGUUACGCUAUUUUGA